AUGCUGUUCAACAAGAUUGCAGCACUAUCUUUGGGCUCCUUGCUCGCUAGCACAGUCUCCGCAGCUGACUUGCCAGCUAUCGAAAUCAAGGGAAACAAGUUUUUCUUCUCGAACAAUGGCUCUCAAUUCUACAUGAAGGGUAUUGCGUACCAACAGGACAGUGCCAACACCACACAGGGAAAUACCUUCAGCGAUCCUCUCGCUGAUUUCGCUGCUUGUUCCAGAGACAUUCCUUACAUGCAAGCUGUGGACACCAACACAAUUCGUGUGUAUGCCCUGAACGCCAGUUUGGACCACACCCAGUGUAUGCAGGCUUUGAAUGACGCCGGUAUAUAUGUUGUUGCCGAUCUAUCGCAGCCAUCCGAAUCUAUCAACAGAAAUGACCCAUCGUGGACAGUGGAACUGUACGAACGGUACACCUCUGUUGUCGAUCAAUUUCACAAUUACACCAACAUCCUUGGAUUUUUCGCAGGUAACGAAGUCACGAACAACAGAUCGAACACUGAUGCUUCUGCCUUCGUGAAGGCUGCCAUCAGGGACACUAAGGCUUACAUCAAAGACAAAGGAUACAGAAGCAUUCCUGUCGGAUACUCAACCAAUGAUGACGAAGAUACCAGAGUUUUUAUGGCUGAUUACUUUGCUUGUGGUGACGACGAUGCCAAAGCAGACUUUUAUGGUAUCAACAUGUAUGAGUGGUGUGGGGAGUCUACUUUCCAAACUUCUGGUUACGCCGACAGAACCAAAGAACUUUCCAAUUUGACCAUCCCACUCUUCUUUUCUGAGUACGGCUGUAUUGAAAGCAGGCCCAGAAAGUUUGAGGAAGUGGGUACUUUGUACGGCCCUAACAUGACUGACAUCUGGUCUGGUGGUAUCGUGUACAUGUACUUUGAAGAAGAGAACAACUAUGGGUUGGUCUCUGUGUCCGAUAACAAGGUCAGCACUUUGUCCGACUACAGCUAUUACUCAGUAACCAUCAACAAGGUGUCCCCAACAUCGCUGAACUCUAACUCUUACACUCCUUCCUCCACAUCUUUGUCCUGCCCAGCUACAAACGUUAACUGGAAGGCCGCUACCAGUCUACCACCUACUCCAAACAGCGCUCUAUGUGACUGUAUGUCUUCUUCGUUGAACUGUGUUGUCGAUGAUAGUGUCAGCGAGGACGACUACGGUGAGUUGUUUGGCGUUGUGUGUGGCACAAUCUCAUGCGAUGGUAUAACUGCCAACGGUACCAACGGUACUUAUGGCUCUUACUCGUUCUGCAAUGCUAAAGACAAGCUAUCAUUUGUGUUGAACAACUACUACUUGAAGAACGGCAAAAGCAAGUCCGCUUGUGACUUCAGCGGGUCUGCUUCUCUGCAGUCUGCCACCACUGCUUCUUCCUGCUCAUCUGCUCUGAGCCAGGUUGGAUCCGUUGGCACAGGUUCUGCCAGUGGUCUUUCAUCCUUUACCAACUCCGGCUCAUCAUCUGGAUCCGCAUCCGGAUCUGCCUCCAAAUCUGGCUCUGCUUCCGGAUCUAGCGCCAGCGCCAGCUCUAGUGGAUCUGGCAAAAAGAACGCUGCCGUUUCAAGCACUCAAAACUCCUUGGCCAAGGUUUUCAUGACCGCUUUGGUCGUCAUUGGUGCUACCGCCGGUGUUGGUUUCGUUAUCGCUUGA